AUGUCUUCCACACGAGAAGAAGAAGAUGAAAUUAUUGUUGUAUCAAAUGCAUUGAAAGAAGAUCAUUUACCAGAAUCUUCACGUUCAUCAGAACCAGUGAAAAAUAUUGAUUCGGCUUCAUGUAAAAAUAAUUCCAAAUUUACAACUACAUCAUCAUCAUCUAUCAACGUAACAAAACGUUACAUAUCAAAGUUUAAAAAAGAAUGGUUAUCGAAUCCAAAAUAUUCGUCGUUUUUAAAAGAAUGCAAAAAUGAUCGAACAAAAGUAUUAUGUUGCAUUUGUAAUGUACAAUUCUCAAUCCAAAAUAGUGGUGUAACUGAUAUUAACACUCAUAUGAAAACAAAAAAGCACCAAGAUUGUGUAAAAUCAACUGAAGCUAAUAAAUCAAAAACAAUAGAUGCAUCAUUUAGUACAACUACAAAUGAACUUAAUCGCUUGUCUGCCGCCGAAGGAGCAUUAGUAUUCCACGGCGUGAAACAUUCACAUAGUUAUUUAUCUCAAUCGUGCACCAUCAAUAUGACGAAAAAGUGUUUUCCAGAUUCUUCUAUAGCAAAAAAUAUAACAUGUGAUAAAACCAAAGCACGUGAAAUAGCUUGUAAUGUAUUAGCACCAGUAUUUACAAAUACAAUUAUUCAAGAUCUUAAAAAUGUUUCGUAUUUUUCCAUUUCUUAUGAUGCAUCAACUAAAGGAAAUGCAAAAAUGUUACCUAUUGUUGCACAAUAUUUUUCUACAUUUGGAAUAAAUCAUGGAAUUAUUGAGUUUAUUCAACAACAACAUGAAACAGCUAAUAAGUUAUUUUUUAAUAUUAAAUAUGUGCUAGAAUCCAAUGAACUUAAAUUAGAACAACUUAGUUCAAUUGGAUCAGAUAAUACGAACGUGAACAUUGGACAACAUCAUAGUGUAUUUGUUUUAUUUAAUCAGUUAGUACCUGGUUUAAUACAAGGUAAUUGUUAUUGCCACAUUUGUCACAAUUCAGUUAAACAUGGAAAUGAUCAUCUUUUAUUUGAUAUUGAAAGUGCUAUGUUGAAAAUUUAUGCUCAUUUCUCCAGGUCAUCAGUUCGUUUAGAAGAAUUAUCAAAUUAUUUUGAUUUUAUUGAACAAGAACAGAAGGUUAUUCUUCAGCAUAUUCGUUUACGUUGGCUUAGUCUUUUACAAUCAAUUGAACGUUUAAUUAUUGUUUAUCCAGUGAUUAAAAGUUAUUUUUUAAAUAUUGCACAUGGUCAAUGUCCAAAACUGUUACUAGAAUUUUUUACUUCAAAUAAAGCUGAAUGUUCAUUAUACUUUUUGAAGAAUGUAUUAACAGAAGUACAAGAAGCUAAUUUACAAUUACAAAGAUAUUAUACAACCGGUGUUAAUUUAUACUCCAUAAUAACAGGUUUAUUACGUAGAUUAAAUAAUCGUUUACGCGAUGAUUAUUUUGGUUCUAAAGUGAUGAACUUAUUAGAAAAAAUUCAACAUCCGACUGAAGUUGAUGAUUUAAAAAAAUCGUUUCGAUCAUUCAUUCAAACAGUUAUCCAAUAUAUUGAAAGUUAUUACCAAGAUCGUUCUUUAUUUUACAAAUCAAUAUCAAUUUUUAGUGAAACAGAUAUUGAAACAAUUGAAUGGAAAAGUAUUGAAUAUUGUACUACAUAUAUUAAUGCCACAAAUAUUGAUAAAGAUUGUUUAUACAACGAAUUCAAUCAUAUUCGAUCAAAAUAUGUUGGAAUGAAGGACAAAUUUGGUGGAAUUUAUAAACAAGUGCAGAAUUUUAUUUCAUCAAAUUUAGUCUCAACAAAACAAAUUGAUACAACAUUAGAUAAUGUAUGCGACAUCGACGUUCAAAACAACUGUGAUACAGAUAAUGAAGAACAAGAUGUUAAAUUUCAUAAAGAACACAAAAAUCAUUUUAUAAGAUGUGAUCAAUUAUGGGCUUUUCUUCUUUAUGAUGAAAAUGUACCUAAUUUACGAAAAUUAAUUGAAUUUGCAUUUUCAAUACCAGCGUCAAAUGCUUUUUGUGAAUCAAUCUUCAGUCAUAUGAAAUUUUUAUGGAACAAUCAUCGAAACAACAUGAAGAAUGAACUUAUAGGUGCAGAAUUAAAAAUUAAAAUGAAUAAUCAUCAUGGCUGUACACAAUUUUAUAAUUAUCUUUAUAAUAAUCCAGAUCUACUGAAACAAAUUCGCUCAUCAGAAAAAUACAGUCAUGUUGCAAAAGUGCCACGUAAGGCGUAG